GAAGAUUUUUUAGGUAAGUGGAAGAGGUCAGGGCAACGGACCGACCCUCGGAGCUCGUCUAAGUUGAUAUAUCUUUGCUGAAACGUGCCCUGCUCCUGAUUGGACAGCGAUGGAGCGAGCGCCGCUUUGUCUGCCGGCCUCUGCAAUAUUCUACGGGGUGACUGUAAUGCUUGUUAGUGUUCGGUCGUUUUCACUGCUGCGAAGGGCGCAGGAGUCAAUGACGUGCAAGCUGUGAUUCGUCCGUGGUUGGAUCGAACGAAAAAUAAGUUGAGCGCAGUCUUGGAUUGAGUUUAGGAUGGUACUUGCGAUGGUGUUUAGGCUGCACCUCGGGUACAUGUUCAGCUACUUGUUCUUACUGGGUAUCUACGUGGCGAUUCUCGCCAUCUCAGGCCUCAUCGUCAUUGCUCAUUUGAGCCCAGACGUUUCUCUACCAGACGAAGGGUACAGCGAGGAGCUUCAGACCUACCCGCUGGAGCUGCAGUGUUGUAGCAACGUCGAUCGGAAAAAGCACAAGCGGGCAUCCAGCGCCCUGGCAACGCGCCAAAUGCCUCCGAAUUAUGGUGGCUGCUGGCAGCCGGGCGUGCCUGUAGCGACUGAAGCUUGAGGGCCGAAGGGCCUGUCAUCCGUGAUGGACUUCAAUCUCGCCCGUGCUGGUGGCCAGGUUUUCUCUUCCCUCCUCCUCUGCACCGAGCCUUCGCGCCCGUUCUCGCAGCCCGCUGCGCGCCCCCAUUCCUCCUCCUCCUCCUCCUCCUCCUCCUCCUCCUCCUCCUCCUCCCUGGCGUCCUUUCUUAGGGGGCUGUGCACUCGGGAAAGGGGCUUCUGCGGGUUCGCGGGAUGUUUUAAUUGCGCCUGCCGGCAAAGUCCCUGCCAGGCCGUUCCCGGCGCAUGUCCUUUCUUUUCUUCCGCCGCGUGCCUGCGUCUCAAGCAGGCGCGUGCCCCAGGCCGGCCCCCGCGACCCAGUCCGAGGCCGCGCCCGGUGCACGCCUUGAAAAAAAA